GGCGUCACAAAGUGCGACUUUCAACGUGUUCACAACGUUUUCAUCUACAAGUAGGUAUAGUCUAGCUAGUGGAGUGGCUACCUGGAUAACAACCCUUGUGCUUGGCUUUUUUUCCUGCAUGCCCCACUGCUAGGGAAGAAGAGGAAGUGGCACAGCUUCGAUCUGUUUUUCCUUCAGACGCUUUCGCCCCAGAAGCUUUGCUGUCGCCCAUUGGUCCAGAAGCUUGGGACGCAAAGCGUCAGCAGUUCGGCAAGCAUGGUUUGGAUGCCAACAUAUUUCCAGACUGCGCUGUGAACAAUGAGAACCACUUGGAGCGCACCACUGUCGCUGUCUUCAACCAACUGAAAAGCUCGCAUUUGGGUGUGGUAGUGACGGUCGGAGGGCUGUAUGGCCACCGUCACGGAGAAGGAGAAGAUGUGCUAGAUGAUCCUGCAAUUGAGCUGCUUUUGGAAAUGCAGCGACUACGCACUCCUGCGCUUCGCGCUUUGUGCUUGGGUUGUGAGGAAGAGCAGGUUGCCUCUCUCACUCGGGCUCGAAGCUUGCAGGAGGUAUUCCGACUUGAAGCACUGGAAGAAACAUCUUUGCGAUCGGCGCUGCCAGACAUCUCACUCCCAAAGGACUUUAUAGGUCCGAUCGAUUUGCUCCGUUUGGAUGCUUUGCCACAUGGAUCAUCCUGCCAAGUACUUCGCAGUCUUCUCUUGAAAGUCCAACCUCGACUCGUAGCGAUGUUUGUCUUCAGCCAGGUUCCACCUCCAUUUGAAUUUAUACCCCACAGCCAGAGCGUGGAAACGCCACCUGCUCUCAUGGCCUGUUCAUUGUCAGCUGCAAUGCAGGUCUUAGCCCCACACAACAUUUUUCUCAUCCACCUCACUGGCCCAUACGCUCUGUUUGUGCAUCGAGAAGAGUGGCACCAGGCGCUGCCGAUUGAUGAAAUGGACUGCUACCGGAAGUCGUCUGCAUGGGGUAUGCAGGACAUUCCCAUUGACUUCGUGCGAGAGUGGUUCUUUGAGGAUGUUGACAAGGUGCUGCCACGGAUAUGGAGUAAUAUCAGCAGCCUGUAUGUGAGUGGCCAGGGCAUGUUCACCUUAGGACUGCAGGCGAAAUGCAACAGUUCUAUGAUUCAUAAUGAUCUUUGCAAAAGUUACUUUUGGCGUCACAAACCUCCUUAA